CUUCCGAGGCACAUGUUCAAUCAUCGUGUAACAUUCAAAGUCACUUCCUACCUCAAUCAACAUGGAUAGUUUGUCUGAAACUCUCCCCGCGGGCUUGUCAGCGUUCACGUUCCUUCUGCUUCCUCUAGGAACCUAUUGCCUGUGGUCGCUGUUCUCGUACAUCUCGUCACAUUUGAGGAAGUAUCCAGGACCAAUUCUCGCGCGAUGGACGAGGCUUUGGUACCUCUACCAGGUGUCCACGGGCGACUCCCACCGGAAACUUAAGCAGCUUCACGACAAGCAUGGCCCAAUCGUUCGAAUCGCGCCACACAUCAUCGACAUUGACAUGCCCGAGCUGAUCCAUACAAUCUACAAUACAAAGGGUGAUUGGCCGAAGACCGAAUUCUACCACGGCAGUAGCGCUCUCGUAAAUGGGCAAAUAGUCCUGAAUCUAUUCAGCCAGACAGAUCCAGCCAAGCAUGCCAAAGAACGCAAACCCAUUGCGAAGCACUACUCCCCGUCUGCGACCACCUCGCUCGAGCCACACAUGGACAAGGUGAUUGAUAAACUGUGCUUUGAGCUAGAGAAGAGGUUCAUCGACGCGCCUCACACCCACAAAGCAUUCAAUCUAGGAAGGUGGAUCCUCUACUACACUUGGGACGUUGUAGGGGCGGUGACAUUCUCGCAACCCAUCGGCUAUCUAGACAAGGGAGAAGACUUCAACGGCACGCUCUACAACGCUAACAAGGCCAUGGACUACUUCUCUAUCGUGGGCACGAUGCCUUUCUUGGACCGGGUCUUUGACAAGAAUCCCGUCUACCGGAUGGGGCCACCGGGCUUCAACGUCAUCACUGGUAUAUCGGUCCAGCAUCUCAUCGACCGCAGCUUAGGCAAGGAUAAGGACACUCACGACCAGAGCACCCCUGAUUUCCUAGACAAGUUCAUCGAAGCAAAGAAGGCAGACCCUGAUAAUGUCGACGACGGUCAAAUUGUCUCCUGGCUCAUGGUCAAUAUGAUUGCGGGUGCUGACACUACUGCUAUCACAAUCCGCAGCGCCCUAUACUACUCGCUGAAGCAUCCUCUUGUCUGGCGGCGGUUGACGGACGAGGUUCUCGCCGCCGGUUUCCGUGGCAGGCUACCCCCUCCAUACAAAGAAGUCCGAGCGAUACCAUACAUUGACGCCGUGGUUCGCGAGGCUUUGAGGAUUCUCCCCGGCGUCGUCAUGACGCUUGAACGGUAUGUGCCACGCGGGGGCUGCAGCCUGCCCAAUGGUGACUACUUGCCUGACGGCACGGUUGUCGGCAUGAACCCUUACAUUACCAACCGGAACAAGGACUUCUACGGAGAGGAUGCGGAUGUCUUCCGGCCUGAGCGCUGGCUUAGAGAUGAGCAAGCGGGUGAAUCGGAGGAAGAGUUCCAGGUCCGCUUGACCCGCAUGAACAAGGCUGAUUUGUCAUUUGGUGCGGGAAGUCGCCUUUGUAUUGGAAAGCACAUGGGGCUUUUCCAAACUUACAAAGUCCUGGCCACGCUGAUUACGUUAUAUGAUUUUGAGCUAGCUACCGACGAAGAGUGGAAGGUUGUGAAUAGUUUUUUCCCUAGGCAAGAUGGCUUAGAGGUUAGAAUGUGGAGGAGACAGUGAUCUUUUCU